UGGUUCUAGAACAGAAAACCUGGUUGAAUCCUUUGUAACUUGUAUUGAAUUAUUGGAAAAUCAAGUUUGUUGAUAUGACGAGUCUCAACUUCGAUGACCAAGAUGGGAUACUGAGAACUAUUUCGGAUGCACCACCAAUCCAUUACACAGUAAAACUACAAUCGAUUUCGUUGCUCACCAAACAUAACUUGGAGAAAUAUGAAUCUGGGGACUUUGAAGCCGGAGUAUACAAAUGGAAACUGGUUUUCUAUCCGAAUGGAAACAAGAACAGGAAUGUGAAAGAGCACAUCUCUCUCUACUUGGUAAUGUCUGGAGCAACUGCUCCCCAUAUUUCUUCGGAAGUGUAUGCUGUUUUCAGGUUGUUUAUUCUCGAUCAGAACAACGGCAAUUACUUCGUUCUUCAAGAACCAAAGGAAAGGCGGUUUCAUGGGAUGAAACUCGAUUGGGGAUUCGAUCAAUUUCUCUCCCACAAAGCUUUCACUCAAGCUUCAAAUGGAUUUCUCAUAGAUGACACUUGUGUUUUGGGAGCAGAGGUCUUUGUUUCUAAAGAGAGAAGCAAAGGCAAAGGAGAGUGUCUAUCAUUGGUAAGCAAAGGCAAAGGAGAGUGUCUAUCAUUGGUAAAGGAUCCUAUUAUGUACAAGAAUACUUGGAGGAUUGACAACGUAUCAAAGCUAGAUGCGGAAUCCUACGACUCAAAAACAUUCAUUGCAGGAGACCAAAAAUGUGGUUGUUGCAGGAAGAUGCAGCUCUAUCCCAAGGGAAAGGGCAAUGGAGUUGGAACCCAUCUUGCUUUUUUUCUGGCGUUAGUCGAACCAAAAUCUCUUCCUCCUGGCUGUCAAAUAUAUGCAGAGUUUAUUUUACGGAUCCUAGACCAGAAGUAUGGCCAGUACCAUAUCUCUAGUAAAGCAAAUCACUGGUUCAGUGUCUCAAAUUCGAUGAAGGGAUGGAUGAGAUUUACUACUCUGGGAUCAUUCAACCAGACACACAUUGUGUUGAAUGAUACUUGCAUUGUGGAGGCAGACGUCACUAUCCAUGGAAUUAUUGAUGUACUGUAGCCAAAUAGUAUAAUAGUACAAAAUUCCUGCUAUGUGAAACUUUGGGGGUGUAAAAUAGUAAAGCUAGUCGAAUAAGGUGUUAAAAACACAUUCAUUUCACUUGUGAAUACCAUUGUAUCGUUUGUGACUACAUGGUGAAUAAAUACAUCAUUGUCUGCUCUUC